AUGGCACGCCAGGGAAAGCUCACGAUGAGCAAGAGCAAGGAAGCUGCCUUCGUAAGUGAUGGUUUCUCCAACUGGAAAAAGGCCAUGGCAGCGUUCCAACAGCAUGAGGCCUCGCUGACCCACCGUGAAGCCUGCACGAAGAAGGCGGCGGAGAAAACAGAGCCGAUCAGCGCUCGCCUGGUGACCCAAACUGCCGCCCAGCACGCCAAGCGGAGGAUGUGCCUGAAGAAGGAGAUCGAGUCCCUCAUCUUUCUUCUUCGGCAAAACCUGCCAAUCAGGGGCAAGAAAGAAGAGGAAGGGAACCUACACCAGCUCCUCGCGCUGCGGCAGAGGGAUGUCCCCGAUCUGCGGACGUGGGAGAGCUAUAACUCACCUGUCAUCCAAAACGAGCUGAUCCGCGCAAUCGGCCACAGUCUCCUCCGCGGCCUCCUGACUGACAUCCGAGCAGCCAGCUUCUUUGCCGUCAUGGCCGACGAGACGACGGAUGCCGCCAGGGAAGAGCAGCUCAGCCUCUCCAUUCGCUGGGUCGACAGCGACCUGAUCAUCCACGAGGACCCAGUGGAGUUCAUCCAGGUAGCCGAGACGACCGGAGAUGCUCUGGCGGCGGCACUCAAGGACGCCCUGCUGCGGAUGCAGCUGCCGUUGGCAGCCUGCCGCGGCCAAGCCUAUGACGGCGCCGCAAACAUGCAGGGGCGACUCAGGGGUGUGGCGACGAGGCUACAGCAAGAGUGUCCGUCCGCCCUCCACGUGCACUGCUUGGCACACUGUGUAAACCUGGUGCUGCAGGAGGCAUCGCGGCAGCAAAAGAUCGUGCGGGACGCUCUUGACGUUGCCAACAGCGCCACCACCUUUGUUAGAAACUCACCGAAGACGACAGAGGUCCUGCGCGUGAUGGCCCAGCAAGCUGGUUCGGCAGGGACGUCGCUGCGGCCGCUUUGUCCAACAAGGUGGACAUGCCGCACCGCGUGCCUGCAGAGCGUGCUGGGCAACUACACGGCCCUCCUGGACACGUUCGAGAAGGUCAACAGCUCGGCUAGUGAUGACCACUCCCAGCGGGCAGGCGGAAUUAAGGCCGUCAUGGAAAAGUUCGGCACUGUGCUGGGGCUGCACAUCUCCGUGGCGGUCUUCUCCGUGGCUGAAGGUCUGUCCCGCGGCCUCCAGUCUGCCACGGCGACAGCGCAACAGGCUACACAGGCGGCUCAGCGCGUCCGUCUGCAGUUCCGCCGCAUGCGAACAGAGGAGGAGUUCGACGCCAUCUACCAGGCGGCCAAAGCGAUGGCAGAUGAUGAAGAUCGUGUGGAAGAGCCUACACUCCCGCGGAAACGGAAGGUCCCAAAGCGGCUGGGCGGAGGGGGCGAGCAUCACGAUGCAGACCCGACGGCCUUCUACCGCCGUCAGUUCUUCGAGCUGUUGGACCUGCUGGACACGCAGCUGGAGGAGCGGUUCAACCAGCCGUCAAUGAACAAAGUCGGUGAAGUCGAGCGGCUGCUGGAAGACGCGGCCGCGGGAAAGACGUGCGCGGUGCCGGAUGCCGUGAAAGAACUGCACGGCAGGGAUGUGGACGUGAAGCGGCUGGAGGUGCAGCUGAAGAUGCUGCCGGACAUCAUGUCUCAGGCGACCAGUGACGCUUCUGUCGCUGAGACCAGCAACUCAUCGGUCAUCAGCGUGCACUCCGUGUGCCAGGCGCUGCAAAAGGCCAAGACGACUGGCGGUGAAGUCUUCUGUCUGAUGAUGAAUGAAGUCCUGACACUGAUGAGGCUCUACCUGACAUUGCCGGUGACCACAGCUACGUCUGAGAGGUCGUUCUCGACCCUCCGUCGGACGAAGACAUUCCUCCGCACCACGAUGGGCCAGGCGCGGCUGAAUGCAGCGCUGCUGGCUACCAUUCACCGCCAUCGAACAGACCAACUCGACGUCGACGCCAUCCUCGACGAGUUCGUCUCGGCCAACGAGCGCCGCCGGCUCUUCUUUGGCAAGCAGUAG